GCCCCCCGCGCCGUGCGGCGGCGUGGGAUGUGCGCGCAGCGGCGGUCGGCUGCCGGCCCGCUCCCCUAGCCCCUGCAGGCAGUGCGGCGGCUGGCGGUGCCCCUCGGGAAGUUUGAUGGCUUCUUUGAGGAGAGUCAAAGUCCUGCUGGUGUUAAACUUGAUCGCGGUGGCUGGCUUCGUCCUCUUCUUGGCAAAGUGUAGACCCAUCACGGCCAAGAGCGGUGACACCUUCCAUGACAUCCAUCCCAGGGCAGAAGUGGCCAACUUGACAGCCCACGGCAUCAGCUCCAUUCAGGAUGCAGUGCUGAAGAGACUCUCUCUCCUGGAAGAUAUAGUCUACAGGCAGCUGAAUGGUCUGUCCAAGUCACUUGGUCUCAUAGAAGGCUAUGGUGGACGUGGUAAAGGUGGGCUUCCAGCCACCCUCUCCCCUGAGGAGGAGGAGAAAGCAAAGGGACCACAUGAGAAGUACGGCUACAACUCCUACCUCAGUGAGAAAAUUUCACUGGAUCGUUCCAUACCAGAUUAUCGUCCAACCAAGUGCAAAGAGCUGAAAUACAGCAAGGACUUACCCCAGAUCUCCAUCAUCUUCAUCUUUGUGAACGAAGCACUCUCCGUUAUCCUGCGAUCAGUGCACAGCGCUGUUAAUCAUACACCAGCUCACCUCCUGAAGGAGAUUAUCCUUGUGGAUGACAACAGCGAUGAAGAGGAACUGAAGGCACCGCUAGAAGAAUACGUCAAUAAACGAUACCCAGGCCUCGUGAAGGUGGUGCGCAACCAGAAGAGGGAAGGCCUUAUCCGAGCUCGUAUUGAAGGCUGGAAAGCUGCCACUGGCCAGAUCACUGGAUUUUUUGAUGCUCAUGUGGAGUUCACUGCCGGCUGGGCUGAGCCGGUGCUUUCACGAAUUCAGGAAAAUCGGAGAAGGGUCAUUCUUCCCUCCAUAGACAACAUCAAGCAGGACAACUUUGAGGUGCAGCGUUAUGAGAACUCUGCCCACGGGUACAGCUGGGAGCUGUGGUGCAUGUACAUCAGCCCCCCCAAGGACUGGUGGGAUGCCGGAGACCCCUCACUGCCCAUCAGGACGCCGGCAAUGAUCGGUUGCUCAUUUGUUGUGCACAGAAAAUUCUUUGGAGAGAUUGGGCUUCUUGAUCCUGGGAUGGAUGUGUACGGAGGGGAGAACAUAGAGCUUGGCAUCAAGGUGUGGCUGUGUGGUGGCAGCAUGGAGGUCCUGCCCUGCUCCAGGGUGGCUCACAUCGAGCGCAAGAAGAAGCCCUACAACAACAACAUUGGCUUUUACACCAAGCGCAAUGCUCUGCGGGUGGCUGAGGUGUGGAUGGAUGACUACAAAUGGCACGUCUACAUUGCAUGGAACCUGCCGCUGGAGAAUCCAGGUAUUGACAUUGGGGAUGUUUCUGAGAGAAAAGCGUUAAGGAAGAGCUUGAAGUGUAAAAAUUUCCAGUGGUACCUGGACCAUGUUUAUCCAGAAAUGAGAAGAUACAACAACACUGUUGCUUAUGGCGAGCUUCGAAACAACAAGGCGAAAGACGUCUGCCUUGACCAGGGCCCGCAGGAGAACCACACAGCCAUAUUGUACCCGUGCCAUGGCUGGGGACCGCAGCUUGCACGCUAUACCAAGGAGGGAUUCCUUCAUCUCGGCGCCCUUGGGACCACGACCCUUCUACCCGAUACCCGCUGCCUUGUGGAUAAUGUGAAAAGCCGCUUCCCUCAGCUCCUCGAUUGUGAGAAGGUCAAGAGCAGCCUCCAUAAGCGCUGGAAUUUCAUACAGAACGGUGCCAUCCUGAACAAGGGAACAGGACGAUGCUUGGAAGUGGAGAACAGGGGAAUGGCUGGCAUUGAUCUGAUUCUUCGCAGCUGCACAGGACAAAGGUGGACGAUUAAAAAUUUUAUUAAGUAAAGGGUGGAAGAGUCAGAGGAGUUUGACUCGAAACACAGCUGACUUGGACUGAUCCGACUGGACUCCUUUGGAAGGGACGAAAUAUCAAAACAGAGCUUUAUUCAUGUUGUUAGGAGAGGACAUAAGGGAAAUGGGCAUUUGUGUCUUUUUAUUUUUAUUGUAUAUUAGUCUCCCACAGCUGAUUCCAACUGUGUGAAAUUGGGUCAGAACUGCUAUUUUCUUCUGGCAAGCACUCUAAAAGGUACCACUUAUUUCUGCUGGAAUGACUGUAAUAACCUCAUGCAGUCUUGUGAGCAUUCUACUGACAGGGAAUUGUUGCUUUCCCAGACGACCCCAAGCUCUCCCAAAGGGCCAGAUAGGUUUCCACCAUGAUCGGAGUUGAGAGACCCUGGAUAUAUCUGCCUGGCAAGCAUGAAAACUUACGUGCUUGUGAGAGGAAAAGGUUGCCAAGCCCCAAAUGAGCUGAGUUUGAAAGAUGUGGUGUUUUGCUAGGUGUUCUCUCUCUUUUCCCUUUCUUGCCCCUGCAUCCAGCAGCCCUUUUCUUCAGUCUGGGAGAGGCAAAGCUCACCCUGGUAGCUCCCAUGGAUCUUUCCAACCCUUAAUCACAGAUCUCAUCAAACAAAAUCCUAUUGAAUAAAAACACUGAUCUCCCAUUGCCCCCGCUCCAUCACCCAUGCACUGCUGUUGGCCAAGGCAGCCCCAUGCAGCACCAGUCCCUCCCAUGGAGACCCCAAAAGCGUUCCCCUUGGAAAAGACCUCAGAUGUCUGCCUGUCUGGGCAGUUGCCUGCCCUUUUGGGUGUCAGUUGGACUCAGGCAUGGUGAGUAAGGCUUGCGGGAUGCUUCCUGCCCCAUGGGAGCUUGGGGAGCUGCAGAUCCACCUUGCCCUCCCAGCGGGGCCAUUGGCCUUGCACUGUCCCCUUGGAGACCCACCUUUACCCCUUUUUUGCUCUUUUCUUGUAGAAGCGAGGAUGGAUGCGCUGGUGUGUGCAACAGGCUGAGAGCAGGUAACGCAAGAGAAAGUCCUAUUUGGGCUUCCUUCCUGUGGAGGCUAUGGUGUUUGUUUUUAAGGCAUCCUUGCUCUGAACGAAGACAUCAAUAAUGGUAGUCUCUGUAACUUUGUAGUGGUGUUCUCUUCAUGAGGCUCAAGCAUACCUAUUUUGCCUGGUCAGUGUGUGACUGUGGUCAAGGUCCACCCCAAACAGUGUGUGUUGCAACAGACCUUCAUGAGCUAUGUAAGGAAGGGAGAGGGAGGGCAAGAGACCAUUUAAUGGCAGUUUGGCUGAAAUUCUUGACCUUGAAGUCACUUGAGGCUUGUUAAUAUGGUGGGGCGAUCUCACCUGCUUUUUUUGGCCCACAGUAAUCUUGGCUACCAAAUCUACCCAGCCAUCAUGGGAGACCGUUGGUUUGGGGUCCUGAUGUCUGGCUACCUGGAAAAGGGAAACGUCUUGCAAAGUUCCUUUACAUGGAUGCUAGACUAAUGGGUGGAUACAGGCUUUGCUCGGUGGAGAGGAGAAGCCAGCCAAUCUCCUGUCCUUCUCACAGAAUAAUACUCUUUCUGGUUGCCCUCUGGCUAGGGUGCACUAAAAUAUAUUAAUAUAUGAGAUGUACAUGUAAAUAUGUUUCCCAAAGAUGGGAUGUGCACAGAGUUGUUUGCUGCAGAGCACUCAUGCCUGUCUUCCAUUUGCAUCAGGAUGAAGCUACCUGGAUGUUUAAUGAGUUUAAUUUUCAAUGCCAUGCAGCAGGUUUAUAACUGAUGUUUUAGUAAUUUAUUGAACAGAAGCAGAUAUAUUUCAUUGUUCCUUCUACAGCAAUGAGCGUCACAUAGGACUGAUUGUUUGUUUAGGCUUGACAAGACUUCCUCAUCCAUUGGGGUUGUCUCUGAUAUUUGUCCCUUGCCUUCCUUAAUGAAGUAAAACCUCUUAGUUGUCCUGAAUUGCAAAGUAGGGAGUCAAUGUAGAAUUUUGCUCUCUUACUCGCUGUUGCAUCAUCUCUUGUGUAAUAAAUUUUAGCACUUAAAAAACCAAUAUGAUCACAAUGUCUUUAGAUGCAUGACAUGUUUCCCUUUGCAUUUUGUUGCUGCCUUCUAAGUAGAGCAAUUUACUGCUGAAGUGGACUCCGGGAAAGUCUGGGGGAUUUGAGACUUCACAGCUAAUGGUCAAAAUGGUAAAAUGCCCUUUAAUUGAGCAAUCAGUUUGCUGUCAGUCAUCAGUGGAAGCCACGUAUUGUUUAGUGUUGGGAAAAGCCUGCACAUUUCAGGAUAAACAACCAAAAAGCCCUUGGAUGUUGCCUGUGCUAUAAAUCAUGGUUCCCAGUUCAGCUCUAGUCCUGCCAGUGCUCAGGGCACCAACAGAUGAGCUUUGUCAAAUUUAAUUGUGGUGGUAUAAGGUGUCACCACCCCCAGCCUUCCAUCUGCUUCAGCUGCUGGAGGCUUCUGUCCCUGUCACCGGCAGCAGAAAUGAAUGUGUGGCUACACCUCGGCUACCAUAAUUAGCAGGAUGUGCUUCAGCCACCAGGCAGGAGGGACUUGCUCUAUUUAACGUAUCGGAUUGUCAGCCAAAGUCACUCUGGGAUGUCCAUGCAGCUCCGCUCAGGAGGCAGCAGCCCCUGGCAGAAGCGGGUUGCACCACUGAGCAUCUCCAGCUGCCGGUGGCAUUUGUGCUACCUGUUGGAGGUGAUAUACGUGUGCUUGGGAGCUUGCCCUCUGGCAACACAAGAUGACCUGGCGAUGAGGAUCCUGGUGGUGGUGGGCUCUUUGGUCCUUUCAAAUAUUAAGGUUCAGAAAUGCCUUUCCUUCAUGCUCCGUAAGGAAAACAAAUACUUGACUAUCCAAAGGGAAGGGGACGGUGGAAAUGAACACUUUGCUCCAGGACCCUCAGGUGGGGCAGAAGCCCUGUUAAGGUGGUUUGCCCGUUCUCACUGGUGGACAUAGAGUGCUUUCAAAUGACUGAAAAGAAGCGGCAUGAGUAAAAUCAGGAUUAAAAGUGAGAAUUUAAUCUGCUGUGUCCAUGUAACUGAAGUUCUGUUCUGACAUUGGUUUGUGACAUGCAGAGAUGAUUGCUGAGGCGAUGACCCAAGGUCUGCACCCUCCUAAACCAUAGAAAUCUGUCUUAGAAAUCUGGAUCUAAAUGUUGCAUCUUGUGCUUAUCUCUAAUAAUAUGUUAAUUGCUUUUAAAAGUGAUAUCAAAGUGGUUCUUAUUAAAUAUAUGACUUGA